AUGGGUAUGGGUGUAGACGUACAUGGUCUGGACUACACUUUGGCCGCCAAACGCGCCGUUUUUGAUGCCAUACACCACAGCAGCCUCGGCUUCUCCCGACUGGUUGGAGCCACCGCCGAUGACAUGACGGUGAACGUUACAAUCGGUGCGCCGCAUCCCGAAAAGGUGAAUGCUGACGAGGUAGCCGACUCGCUUCCUCACGGCCGGGCCAACGUCGAUGUCGUGGUGGGCGGCCUGCAGUUGCUGAACGACGACGGCACCGAUGGCACUCUGAUCGCCAAUGCCAUAAUCACCGUCAGUAUCGAAGACGGCAAGUAG